ACUAAAAGUCAACAUGAAAAUAAAUAAAUUUUGUGAAUUAAAAUAUUCUUAAGUUAACAAUUUUUGUCUUCAUUAAUUAAUUUUUUUAAUUUACAUUUGGAUACUUUAAUAAAUGUAAAGUUAAAAAACAAUACAUGUACGAUAAUACAUUAGAUUUAUUGUCAUCAAGAAUUUAAUCUUAGGUUAUGAUGAAGUUAUUUCAAUUAUUUACUAUUUUUAUAUUUUGUUUUGUGUUAGUUGCUCCAGUACCUGGAAAAACUAAUGAAUCAACAACAGUUCUUCAAGAAGAAAGUGAUUCUGCAUUCACAGUUACUCCAAAAUCUGAAGAAAUUGUUGAAUCAACAAAAAUUUCUGAAGCAUCCAGUAAUUCUAUCGCUCUUAUUGAUACUAAUGACGUUGUAUCCCAAAACAAUGUAAAUAAUGAAUUAUUGUCAAAGAACAAUGACGAUACAAAAGAAACCUCAGUAGGAAACAAUAAUAGUACAGAAAUAAAAACAAAUGCAACGUUAUCUUCACCUAAUCGAUCAGAUGCUGCAUAUAAAAUUUAUCGCAAUUGUCUUACUGACAAAGUUUAUGGCAUUGUUGAGAUAGUGAAUGCUACAAGACUCAUGGAACUUUUGAUAAUUGAUCCAAGUUCAACAGUCAAGACAGAAAAUAAAAAAGAUACUAAAAUUAGCCCAAGAACUUGUCUUUUAGUUUUAUUUUACUCUCGAUGGUGUGUCUUUAGUAGUCAUGCAGCUCCGCAUUUUAAUGCAUUACCAAGAUAUUUUCCUCACAUUAAAAUAGUUGCUAUAGAUGCUUCCAAAUAUCAGAACUUCAACACUCAGUUUGGAAUUGUUGGAGUUCCCACAUUAAUGUUUGUUUAUAAUGGAAAACCUUUAGUCAAAUUCAACGACACCUCUUACACUUUGGAAUCUUUUGCUCGAUUUGUAACAGAAUAUACAGCUCUAAAACCGAAUGGAUCACUCUAUGUUACAUCUGCUGAUUUUAGUGGACCAGUUCCAAGUACUCCUUCAAAUGAAACUGAUUAUUGUUUAGUUUUAUCAUGGGUUUUCAUUGCUGCCUGUGCAAUCUAUUUUACUCUUCAGUCUCAAUGGUGGAAACAAUUUGUUGAAUUAAUUCAAAAUACUUGGAGAGAAAGUAACGCACAACAUGAACAUACUGACUAGAUAAUUAUUUAUUUAUUGUUAAUUAAAAAAUAUUUAAAAUUACAUAAACUAAAUUGAAAUAUUCUUGUUGAUAUGAUAUAUGAGAAAAACUUUUUGUUUUGUAA